AUGGAAAAUUAAUAAAUAGCUUUUGUAGGUGAUCCUGAAGUAGGAAAAACUUCGAUUAUCAAAUAUUUGAAGGGAUUAGAAUUUGAUGAAGAUUAUAGUCCAACUGAAUAAAUAGAGAGUAUAGAUGUUACAAUUCAAAAUAAUGAAACAAUAACAAUAUAUGACACUCCUGGAAAUGUGGCAGAAAGAAAAUAAGUAAUUGAGAUACUAAAGAAUAUUCAUAUAGUAUUUGUAUGUUUUGAUGUUGAAAAUAUUGAUUCAUUUGAUUCAACUUUAUAAUGGUUGGAUGAUAUAAAAAAAUAAAUAAACAAUUCAAUGUAAGUAUGUUUAGUAGCUUGUAAAAUUGAUUCUAAUAACAGAUAGAUUUCUUAAGAGUAAGCAUUUGAAUUUAUAAAUGAUUAUCCUAAUGUUGAAUAUCUGGAAGUUAGUGUAAAGACAGGUGAGAAUAUGGAUAUGCUUAUAGAUGUAAUUAAAAUAAAUUAUAUGUUAGAAAAUACCAAUAACAACACCAUAAGGUGAUGGAGAUUUAUAAUAAUCAUAUAGAACAUAAUAAUCAAAUAAAUAAUCUGAAAAACCUCCACAUAGUCCUGAAAGAUAAUCCUAAACUUAUAAAUCUUAAACAAGUUUAUUAAAUAAGGAAGAACCUCUUUGGAAAGUUUAUGAUUUUUUGUUUCCUACUGGAAGAGUAGCUAAAUUAGUAAAAAUUUCAGAUAUCAAUGCUAAAAAUCUAUCCAUUUAAGAUAUUUUAUUUAAAUUACAGUUGAAUUAAUGUUAUCCAGUUGUAAAUUUGAUUGGAGCAAAAGAAACUAAUAAAGGUAAAUUCUAUGCAGGAAUUGCAAGAGCUUGUUUUAAUACUGUAUUUAAUUAAUUUUAUUUUGAUUUUAGGAUGCUGUAAUAGUUGAUAGUGGAAUUUCAACAGGAAUUGAAAAGUAUGUAAUUAGAAGAGGAGUUAAAUUGAUUGGAGUUGCUCCAGAAUAAGAAGUCAAAUAUCCUAAUUAAACUACUGGAUUUAUUGAUCCAUAUGAAAUUAGUAAUGGACAUACGCAUAUAUUUCUUUUAAGUAAUUUUAUUAUAAUAUAUGUAUGUAGAUAAUAAAGAAAAAAUGAUGGUAUUUGGAUUGGAAGGAGUCUUUAAAAUAAAUUUAUGUAAAAAGUAAUUUAUUAGAAUAAAUUAAUUUAGAUUAGCUGAAGGGAAGAUAGGCAAAAAUGGUUAAAGAGAAAGUUUAAAGGUUGUUCAUAUUCUUUUAGGGGAAUAGGAAGGAUUCUUAAAUGAAUUAUAAUAGGCUGUUAUGGCUAAUCAUCCUAUUAUAGUAAUAAAGGGAUCUCCUUUAUGUGAUUAAUUCUUUUAAAAUUAUAAUAAUCCUCAUGCUAAUUAUUCAAAUGCCAGUAAGAAGUUAUUUCAAUAUAAUAAAAUAGGUUUUGGAUAAUUAAUAAGGAAAGGCCAUUUUUAUGGACUAAAUAGUUUAGAUUCAGAAGAUAUAGCCCAAUAUGUUCAUUUCUUUUUGACCGUGACUCCAUUUAAUUGA